AGAGCUCGAACAAAUCAACCUUUAACUCCGACCAUUCUCUCAUCUCCAAUCAACAAAGCCCACCAAUUGGCCUCUCGAUUAGUUUGCCUCGCGCCCGCAAUUUUACUACUAAAACAAUAAAAACAGUUUCAUUAUAAUGGCCUUCACCCCUCGCGGAAGAGGCGGGGCAAGAGGAGGAGCUACUCCUAGAGGCAGUUCUCGUGGUGGUGCCCGUGGUGGAUCUCGUGGCGGAUUUGGUCAGUCCUCAAUUUCUAUAUUCCGAUAUUCUUAUCGCAGCUCGGCAAUGCUCUCCUCACAAUCUCCCUUUUUUCCUUGUGUUUCCCCCGACAGUUAGCUUACCCACCAGUGACAAAAAUGUCCUCCAACCCUCCCUCUGCAAAAAGGAGAACCCCGCAGAAAAGCCCCUUUUACAAGAUCCAAACCAGACACCCUGAUAUGGUGCUAGUGGAGAAAUUUGACUAACGUACUCAAUUGCUUCAGGUGGUGGUGCUCGUGGCGCACCCCGUGGUGGUGGACGUGGGGGUGCACGCGGCGCUGGUCGUGGCCGCGGCGCACCCAGAGGAGGAGGUCGUGGAGGAGGACGAGGAGGCGUCGGUGGUGCUAAGGGUGGUGCUAGAGUUAUUGUCGAGCCUCAUCGCCAUGCUGGUGUUUUUGUCGCCCGUUCGAAGGAAGACAUGUUGGUCACCAAGAAUCUUUCCCCCGGAGAGUCAGUCUACGGAGAGAAGCGCAUUUCAGUCGAUACACCCUCCACUGAAGCCGAUGGUGCCCCCACCAAGACUGAAUACAGGGUCUGGAAUCCUUUCCGCUCAAAGUUAGCCGCAGGUAUUUUGGGUGGCCUCGACGAUAUCUUCAUUCAACCUGGCGCUAAAGUUCUUUACCUUGGUGCCGCCUCUGGUACCUCUGUUUCCCAUGUUGCCGACAUUGUUGGCCCCACCGGCAAUGUCUAUGCUGUCGAGUUCUCCCACCGCUCCGGGCGUGACUUGAUCAAUAUGGCUAAGAAGCGCACCAACGUUAUCCCCAUCAUCGAGGACGCUCGUCACCCAUUAAAAUAUCGCAUGCUCGUGGGCAUGGUCGACGUUGUCUUUGCGGAUGUGGCACAGCCUGACCAAGCUAGAAUUGUUGGGCUCAACUGCCAUCUUUUCUUGAAGGAGAAGGGUGGUGUCUUGGUUUCUGUCAAAGCAAACUGUAUCGAUUCGACAGCAGCCCCAGAGGCUGUAUUUGCCAGAGAGGUUCAGAAGAUGAGAGAAGAGAGGAUUAAGCCUUUGGAACAACUAACAUUGGGUAAGCCACUUUCCCAAAGUUAUUUCAAUGAGUGA